CGAGUGUACGUCAUGGUUACUGUGUUUUUUGUGAAUGAAAGAAUCUAACCCCACCGAACAGAGUAAUUCCGGGAAAAGGCGGACUGACAUUUUGUCGAUUAUCUCACUUCGACUGAACACAGUAUUUGACAUUUCUCCGUGUUUUUAAACAUUUAUUUAUACAAUUGUGUCGACAACUCAAAGACUGGCAGUUGAUACUCUCCAACGACAUAGCUAAGGACAAACCGUCUAUAAAUCUGUGUUUAUUGGUGUCGGAGACACAGGAUAAAGCCAGAUCAUGACGUCAGAAAGAAGCAGCAAAGCCCUGAAGGUAAAGCGGGAGUGUGGUGAGAACGUUCCGGUGUUGUCGGACAGCGAACUCAUGUCCCUGUCUGUACGGGAGCUCAACUUGCACCUGCGGGGUCUGUCCCGCGAGGAGGUCCAGAAGCUCAAGCAGCGCCGGCGCACUCUGAAGAACCGUGGCUAUGCUGCCAGCUGCCGGGUGAAGCGAGUGUCCCAGCGCGAGGCCCUGGAGCAGCAGAAGAAGGAGCUCCAGAGGGAGGUGGAGAGGCUGGGUGUGGAGAACGCAGGGAUGAGGAGAGAGCUGGAGGGCCUAGGGGCCAGGCUGGCAGCCCUGCAGAGGUUUGCCCGUGGGUUAGAGUCUGGAGGGGGCAACCUCCUGGUUACAGCCCCACGCCUCAACACAGCCUCUGUCAUUACCAUAGUGAAGACCCCGCCACAGGCCCACGUCCAGAGAGAGCAGGGGGGGUCCUAGGAGGAACCGACCGGGCUGGGGACGGACAAACGCUUGUACAUGUACUCUCGUAUACACAGGCACGUACAUACACUCUCAUAUAUAUAUAUAUCACACACACACAGCUAGACACAUGCACGCUUGGAGAGAGCAAGAGGAUUGGAAGAAUAGGACAAAUAGGCACUUAUGAAGCUCAUGCGCUUCGGGUGACACACACACACAGACGUACGGUGUUCACAGGCAGUGACAAAUAGUCUCUACACCCAGCCAACACACAUUCAGACAUGCGUGGACUUAAGGAAACACGUCAGUUGACAAAUCAAACUAAAGCACGACAGACGUACAAAACAGGGACACAGACACCAUCUGUGGACAAAGCCAGUCUUGCUGCUGGUGCUCUCUGUAACUGCUACUCAACAGGCCGAGCCAGCUAUUGCUCUGCCUUCUGGCAUGGCAUCCAGCCCUGCUACACAAUGUCUGGGUUAAUCAGACUCUUCCACCGCUUCUUCUAAUGCUUUGACUUUUAAAUGGCAUCACUAUUGACAUCUGUACACGUCUUGGAGUGUUGUUCCUCUGUACUUCUAGUGUGUCGAUACUAUUGUGCUUCACUGUGCUGCCGUGUGUAGUGGUUACAUGGGUGUUUUCAACUGUACCACAGUGCACAUUUUGGUUUGCUAUAAAAAUAAACAUCCUUUGCUUGUCUCUAGAUUCCCCAACUUGCAGAAGUUGGUCAUUGCUGGAAACAGUUGAAUAAUCAACAUCUCGUAGAAUGCUAUGUCAAUGCAAAAAUCAAUUGAUGCAUUCCUCUAUCUGUUAUUUUAUAAUGUUUAUACAAGAGACAAAUGUUUGAGCAAACGUUUAUUCAGAGGUAUUCUAUUUUAUGUGUAUUUAAAGGAUAGAUAUUACAAAGCUAAUGAGUGCUGUGAUGUAAUGUAUGUUUCAAAUACCUGGAUAUGACUAGUUUGGGGAAAUUCUCAAGUCUAAUUGUUGUAUGGAGUGUGUGACAAUUAUUUUUGUAAUGUUUAACUUGUAAUGAGCUGUUUUAGAUAUGCUAAAAGCCGACGGUCAUGUUGCUGUAAGAUGAUUUUAGUAUGUGUGUACACCAUAUUUGUACUAAUUUCAUAGUGAGUCGUGUGGCUUGUUGUAGGGAUACUAUUUUUCUAUAAAGUACCAAGGUGAUUGCGAUGAUACGUAUUGUUAUUUAUGAUAAUUAUUAUUUUAUGUUUUGUUUUCUGAAAUGGCUCGAAAGGGAGACAAACACUGUAAGGAGAAAGAAUGAAAAUAAUGGUAGAAGGAAAUGAGAGGAAAAAGAGAUGGAUAUGAAGAAAAGAUGUGGUGGUAGAGAGGAUUUGGGAGGUGAAUGAGGAGGUCAAAGAGAGAGGACAGAGAUGAGGUGGUGCUUAAUUCACCUGAAAGCCUUGUAACAUCCAGAUUUAUCAAUAAACCCCCUGCUGACUCCACUAGACCGUUUAAUUCGACAUUCGGAAAUGAAUGGCAAUAUAAAUUUAAUCUGUCAAUAAUAUGACUCAUUAUAUUGUGUUGAUUAAUACUCCCUUAAGAUAUACUUAGCUAUCUUCUCAAUAUCAAUGUUGCAUAGCAUUUAUCCUCUGUCUCAUAUAAGAUUAUUCAUGUCAAAUUGUGCUGGAUGUUUUGUACAGCAAAACUAAAAUGGUCUGUAUUUAUUACAUGUAUUUUUUCUAUGGUGAAAAUUAAGUACAUUGUCUAUUUUAUAUAUUAACUGAAAUAAAUGUUGUAUAUAUUGUGAA